CCCCCCAUCAGAAACGCACUAGUACUAAAAAACUAUGCGUGAACAACAAAAAAAGCGAGUGGCAGGCACGCACAAGAUGGCGGGUGCGGGUCGGUGGUGGCGGUAGAAGGUUGUUGACCACGAUAGACCAGACGAGACGGGGCUGUGGAGGCGAGCAGAGGGAUGAGUUGGAUUUACCCCUGACAAGAUCACGGAGGGCAAUUUGAGAGAAACAUAAGACUGACUAGUACAUUAGAUAAUACAACAAUCCAAAUGGCAGCUUCACAGCAGUACUGUCUGCGAUGGAACAACCACCGCAGUAACCUGCUGACCGUGUUCGAUCAGCUGCUACAAACCGAGGCAUUUACCGACGUGACCCUGGCAUGCGAAGGAGGUGCUUCCGUCAAGUGCCACAAGAUGGUGCUGGCUGCUUGCUCCUCCUAUUUUGAGACGCUGUUUAUGGACCAGCAGUGCCGCCACCCCAUUGUCAUCCUCAAAGACGUGAAGUACACCGAGAUCAAAAACAUCCUCGAGUACAUGUACCGUGGUGAAGUCAAUGUGGCUCAGGAUCAGUUGCCUGGUAUGCUCAAAGUCGCAGAGGCUCUUAAAGUCAAGGGUCUAGGAGAUGGAGUCAAUGACGGGGUCAAGUUGAUGGAGGAUGACCCGAACACCAUAACUACGUCCUCUGCACCUACAUCACAACCUGUGCCUCACAGCAGCAGCGUUAACAACUCCUCUCCACCUCAUUCCACUGGUAUUCACAACCAAGGGUUCCCGAAGGUGCCAUACCUGUACGGCAAGUCGCCUGUAAUGGAGAGAGUGGGGACAGGAGGUCGUCUGCCAAUGUGGGGGAUGCCAGGGAUACCACUGACUGCACCCCCACCCUCCCACACUCAUGCUGCGGCAGUGCUCAAUAGCUGCUAUGAAGCUGCCAUGGACAUGCCACCACUCCGCCGCAAGAAGUUGUCAAGUCUCCUGAUGAGUCGAGGCGGAGAUACACCCAUACUCCGAACAGUGCUGGGUCAAGGACAGGCAGAUUCCAGCCAGCCCAUGAGCCUCAUCUGCCAUCCUGAAACCGAGCGCAACCACACCAACGGAUCUCCUCGCGACAUUGAAAAGAGCAUGAAAACGGAACCCUCAGAAGAUACACCUUCACCAUAUACGGACAUUGGAUUUAUUGACGACGAAUCAAGUGAAAGGGCCAAUAGAAUGAUGAUUCCAUCUUCUUCUCCACAAUCUGCAUAUGGGGAGAAUAAAGCUGGAGGAGUGUCUUCAGGAAUAGCAACUUACGUACCGACUCAGAAACCGGAAUGGAAGCGAUACAAGCAAUACACAAGGAAUGACAUAAUGUCUGCGAUUGAAGCUGUUAGAACUGGGAUGAGUGCUCUACAAGCGGCAAGGAAAUACGGUGUGCCUUCUAGAACACUCUACGACAAAGUUAAGAAACUAGGCAUAACAUCAGGCAGGCCCUUUAGAAGAAGUUCUAUUGGGAACGGUGGACCAGGCUUUCCUUACGGUUUUGCAGGCAGCGGUAGCAUGAUGUUCAGUGGAGGGGAAGAAGAAGGUAGUGGGGGUGCCGGCGGUGGGGGCUACAACAAUAACAUGGACCAGGGCUUCUUACAUCACACACUCGAACCUCGCAACAACGAAACUGACAGGGAAGCAGCAGCCUCGGUGAACAACCAACAGAGUAACACAAGCAACCACUCGUCGUCCAGUCCCGGCAACAAUGGAAGGUCCCCCAGCCCCUCACUGAUACACUACGCUCACCGGAAUAGCAUGACCCCGUCCCCUCCACCUCCGGCGGAACAGGAAGAGGACCGUGUAGAGGACCUUUCCAUGGCCCGCAAGCCUGAACCUGCAUCGCGAGUGAUCAUGCCUCCCAUGAGCCAGGCUGCCGCCACUGCCAUGCUCACCACAGGUUCAGAUACACACAUGGAUUCCCGGGACUGAACCUAGCCUUAGACAGAUCAGUUAGUAAACCAUUGAAAUAUUUGUCACUGCCUUACCUUCGCUACCUUUAAUUUCUAGGAUAUCAUUUACUUAAAACAGUUUCAACACACUUUUACACCCAAUAAAAAAAAAAAUGUUUGCACAUUGUUUUAGAGUGGAAUGAACCGAUUUCCUACCUGGUGUUAUAAAACAAUGUAGCAAACCUUUUUAGGGUCUGAGAGUAAAAUAAGUAGUAAAGAAUGUUAAUUUUUUAAAUUAAUUAAACCUAAAAACAUUUUAUUUAGAUUAACCUUAGUACAAUAUGGACAAAAUAUGGGCAGUGUCUUUUAAACUAAACAUAACUCAGGUUAUUAGAAAAAACUAAGAAAACAUUGUAAGACAGCUCAAAAACAUUUAAUGUAAUGUUGAAACAAGGGGUAAGACAUAAACUUAAAAUGAGCUGAAUUUACAAUGGCUUGACUAGUUGUCGCAUUCUCAGCAACAAUAACAUUUUCAAUGGUUUCGAAACUUUUGCUCUAAUGGAAAUAACCUAAUUGUUGUAAGCCUUACACUGUGAUGUCUAGCUCAAUAACUCGAUUUGUUCUACAAUUACGAGUGAUCACUGAAAUUCAGAAGUGAACAUUUUCCAACACUACGAAACAUAAAUAUUAAAAACUUCUAAUUACAUUUUUAUUCAGCUUCUCUUAAUUUGUUUAAAAAUACAAUUAAGUCAAUCAAUAAAUCGUUGAAUAACAAUUUAUGAAAAUAAUAUAUAAACGUAACAUAUUUAAUUCCACUAAGUAUUUCCUUGUUUGGCAAUCUGUAAUGUUUGAUAACCCAGCACUGUUACCCACACAUGUCUGGAUUAAACUCUUACAGCAUUCAGCAAGUCAGAACAAGUGUUGGAAAUGCAUUUCUUUCUUUCAGUCAAGAGAACACACUACACAGCAUCUCGAUAUAAGACUGCCAUUUCACUUAAGACUGCAAGAUACAUUAUUGUGUUAGGUUUUGGAGAUUUUAUCAAACAAUAUAUUUGUUACAGUUUUGUUGAUUUUAUUUUUUUGUUAUGACUACUACUACCUCAUUGUGUUCUUUGCAUUUAAUUUUCUUGAAUUUCUGUUUGUUUUACAAGUUGACUCAUUACUCUUAUUCCGCAUUAAUAUGGUAUGUGUAAUUUAUAUUUUUCAUAGUUCUUAAUUAUCCUCUUUGCUAAAUUAAGUUGAAUAGGUAAAGAUUCAUGCCAAAAGACAAUUCUUACUUUUGUACUGAUUGUACCAAUGUUGUCAUAUUUCAUGCCAAUAUUUUAUAUACACUAAGGAUGACAUUUAAUUAACUGUACAUUAUUUAUUAUUUACAAGCAAUUAGUUUUAAAUCUUAUUUGUUAAAACCGUGUACUUGACUUUUUUUUACAGAACCACUUUUAAGAUACUUUAUGUUUGUAAUAUUAGCUGUUCAUCAAAGUACAGUAGACUGCAGGAUAUUGUUACCACAGUAAUAUGUAUAUACUCAGUGUACUUCAACCUACCUCACCUUGUGAUACAAUAGUUAGUCGAUAACAUAGUUGUAAUCACAUUCUGUUCUGUGCUCUAGUAGUGUAUAAGUCAAUCAAGCCAGGUUGCUUUCUAACAUUUCAUUUACCAUUGCAACAACCUACACUACACAUUUUCUUUAAAUUACAUUAAAUUAUUUUAAAAUUAAGCUUAAUUGAGCAAACAUCUGUAUUACCUCUCACAACCAAAACAUUAAAGAGCAGUUUAAAAUUUUGUUUCAGUAUAGGAUUUUACAGCAGUUUUUGAAUGAUUUAGUUUUGAAUUAUCAAUAAAAUAUAUCACAUAUUGGUUUUAUAACACUUAAUCCUGAAAUAAUACUUCUUAAAAACAACCGCAAUAUUUCAAAGAUUGAUACUAUAAUGUUGUGCUUUUAAAUUUGUAUAUUUUUCUUUUGUAUUACAAUUCAAGUUAUAGUAAAAACCUAAAAAGUAAAAAUAAAGUUUACUUGAAACACUAAAAUAUUUCAGUAUCAUUUUUUAUUGGGUUAAAAUAAAAUGUAGCCUCAACCGUACCUGAACUAAUGAUUUCUAGAAAGCAGCUUGACUCAGACACACAUAAUAAUAGCUGCAAUAGUGCCUAAGGAACAAAAUCUAACUGUAAGGGACCACAGGAUGUACUUUUAGUAUAAGUGUCAAUAUUGUUAUAUUUUUCCGUAUUUAAAAGCCAACUAUAAGACUGAAUAUUAUAUUUUAAUACAUAAGUUUAGGUGGUAGGCCAGGGAGCCGGAUCAUGAGACUGAAGCGAAACUUUCGCAAUGUAGAAAACUCAAUUUAGCAUUAAAAUAAUGAGUGAUGAUCAGGGUGUCAUUAUUGUAGUAUGCAAUUGACAGUGACAGAACUGCAGUCAUAUCUUAGUUUGCUGUCACAAUUGUCAAUUACUGAGUGUAAUUGAUGAUCGUCUCCAAUAAUGACAGACUCCUGAGUACUUGAUAAGAAGAAAGGCUGCGUUUGUUGUAUAGAAUGGGCUGAUGCAAUCUUGUCUUGCGGCAAUGUCGCAUUUCAACACUAUCGAGAUUCGAGUGAUGGAUUUGUUAAAAAUGUUUCAAAUUUAUCUUAUAAAGAUGUAAAUAGCCGCAUGGGAGAAUUGGGUCUCGAAGACCAGUCGACGAGGUGGGACUUGCACGAAUUGCAGAGUGGGAAUUUUGUAAUUAGUUACUCGAUUUGUUUCAAGUUGUGAUUGAUGAAAUCUUGUUGUUGUCAUAGUUUUGUUUUAUUUUAUUAUUAAUGUUUUUGCUUACAAUUUAUUAUAACUAGUAUGGUUUUGGGUUGAGACUCAUACACUAGUUUCUAGUAUUGUUCGUAGUAGCUUGCGUAAUUGUUGUAAAUUGGUGAAAAUAUCUCCAGUAGCUUUCCCUCUGUGGCCUUGCACUUUCCGGUUGUUGUUGUUCGUUGCACUUAUAUAUCUUGUAUAUAUCUGUAUAUCAUAACUGUUACGUGUAUUUUUUGCUUAGUAAUCAUUCACUCUGUGGCUUCUAUCUUACACAGGUAGUCAAAUAACACAUUAGUACAUAAACUGUGUCUCAAUUUAUCACAUAUCUAUGUGUCCAAAUGAAAUAACAUUUUGCUAUACUAUUACAAAACAGUUUUUUCAAAACAGAGGCUGAUCAUUAUUGCAUAUCUGGUACAUUAAAUUAUUUAAAUACAAAAUAUAAUUAUUGUUUUGCCGAUUGAUUCUUUUAUUGUUACAGAUCAUAUGUUAUUUUUAGUUAAAAUUAGACUUAUAUAUGAUCAGUAUACAUUAUUGAAGAGGAUAGAAAUAUGUACGGUAUUUUAUGUGACCAUGAAACAUAUUUAAAAAUUAUUUCACAAUGAACACAUCCGUGUUUGUGAUAAACUGAUACAUGAUGUUGCUUAAUGAAAUGGCAUUAGCCAUUCAAGACUGAUCUAAAAAUUAAGGGUUAUGUUUUAAGUCUUGGUGUAUGAUUUAUUGAAUAUUAGCUUUUUAGUUUUAAGUUAAAAUCAGAUGCUAAGAAACGUAUUUUAUGCAUUAAAAUGUCUAUAGAUUAUAAUUAUAUAGGUUUCAAUAAUCAACUUAAAUCUGUAAAUAUUAUUUUAUUAGUUCUUCCUUAGAGAUUUCUUUUUAAAUGGAAAUUAAGGAGUAAAAUUUAUACAUGUCUGUGAUUAUUUUUGUUUGAGCUUAGUGUUCUACAGUGGGCCAGUGACCUGGUACAUGUUGGGUGCAGUAAAAAAUGUCUCCACAAUUGUUUCCUAAAAUCGAGCAAUGGUUCUCAGAAGGGGAAAUUUAUCUUCUUACAGUUGGUAGGUACCAUUGGUGUUGAAAUUAUCAAGUGUUUUUCCACUUCUUUCCUUUACUCCAAUCAAAUGUUAUCAUUCAUGUUUUAAAAUGUCUUUAAUUGGUUUUGAAAAGGUGUAUAAAAAUCAUUGUCUUCUCAUUUUAUUAUGCCACAAUUGACUUCAAAAAACUUUCGUGUUCAUCAGUUAUGAACUGCUUCAAUCAUGUCUCUGAACAUAUUUAGUAAAUACAUCUUUAAAACUAUGGUGUGUGACAACCUAUGCAUGUUCAAAUCUUUAUAAAGAAUGCUAUGACCAUGUUGUUAAAUUCCAAGAUGGCAAUCAAUGAAAUUACUUCAAAAGUAUUGAUAAUUUUUCAGCUGUUCAUACAUACAAUUUCUCUAAUGCUAUCAACAUUGUAAUCUACAAUAGAAUUGAAGGAAUACUCAGUUAUCUUCAAUGUUUGUACGACAUUUAUGAAAAUGAUUAUGCCACUCUGCACUGCCUUUUUAUCACCACAUUUUCUAUGUAUGCUUUUUUCAGUACCUUACGAAUCUCAGAUGGUGGUUUCUAAUUUAGAACACCAGAUCUGAUAUUGGUUCAUUGCUCUUAAAAUGACAUUUAAAACAGCCCUUUUUCAGAAAAAAGGUGUAGCUUUUAACAGGAGUAAUGGAAGGAAACAACUAAGGCCUGUGCUGCCAAUCGUAAAUCGUAAGAAUUUCUUCUUCUAUGAACUACCACUUGAAUACAGAAAAUAAUUUAGUAACUUUUUGACUACCUCGUAUUACUAGACACCUGAAAACAAUUCCAAUAUUUACUCGUUUUGCUGAUUAUUAUUUUAAAGACUAAAAUGUUUAAGGUUAAUUAAUUGAUCAAAAUUAAAGUUGCUGAAUUAAUUGAACAAAAUAUUUUGAGUUGGUAUUUAAAUUUCUUAAUGAAAAACAGCAUCAUAUAUUUCACUAUCAGGGAUUAGUUUUAAACUGCUUAGUCUUUUUUGAUAAAACAAACACAGAAAUGUUAUUUUCUUAUUGUAAACAGUUACUAGCUCCAUGAGAAGUAGCUUUUAAUAAUUAUACAUUUUAGUUGUUUAUUUCCCUUUUAAUUUUAAAUACAUAAAAAACAUUAGAUAUUAAAAUUAGCUACGAAAGUGCUCUUUUGUUAAAACUAUAUAUAUUAGAAAUUAGUUUAGCAAGUUAAUAAAUAUUUUAUUACUUAGAGAAAGGAUCAAGUAGUGUCAAUGUAGACUAUCAAAUACACACAACUAACAGUACUGAUAAGUGUGGAAUAAAUAUUUAUUAAAAACUAUUAAAUUUGGGUAAUUUAAUUUGUUUUCAUUUAAUUGGUUAUGCUCAAUACAAACGGUUUUCAUUUAGAUGCAUAAUUAUGUAUGUUGUUGUUGUUGUUGGCUUUUUACAUAAUUAUAUGGAAAUAUAGAUAGCAUAGAGGAUAUUUUAAGUUUCUUGAUACCUACUAACUUUUAAUAAAAUUUUCAUUAGUUUUAGUAGACAAUUGGGUCAUGGAUAAUUUUUGAGUGUAUCAAAAGAAAUAGUUUUCUCAAUCUUAUUUUUAUUGAGAUCAAUCAUGAACAAUAAGAUAAAGCAACAACUAUGAUAUGGUACACACUAGAUUACUUAUAGUUCCACAUGCAGCGUCAGGAAGAGCUUGUUUCUGCAUGCCUUGAUAUUUGUGCCUAUGCAAUGUUUUUACACUGUUGAUGUUAUUAUAUGCCAUUUUCAUAUAUUGAUAAGACUGACUGAUAAAUAUAUUAUAUCACUAGACUUUUUAUGUUGUACAUAGUAUAUUAUUUCAUAAGUUUGUUACGUUAUUUCAUAACAGUUUUGUCGUAUAUAAUCAAUAAAGUUUAUUUAUGGCGA